CUCUCAUCUUUCAGGCAGCAGCCAAACACAUACACUCACGCACACGCAUAACCAAGAAAUAUAAAAUGAAAGGAACUCUUCUCAUUGUCCUUCUGGCCGCUUGCUCAACAAUGCUGGCCACCGCCUCCACCAUCCCAGACCGACAAGACGUCAAGCAGGAGCACUGCAGUGCUUUCAAGGACUCACGAGUAAAAGACGUCUGCAAAAAGAUCUGCCAGGAAUACGGUGAAGACCCGGACUAUAUCCUCGGCCAAUGCGGUCAAGAGAAAGGCAUUUGCGAGUGCAAGAAAUAUAAACAAUAAUUCAAUUCCCCUCUCUUUCUCUCUCUUUUCUUAAUGUUGGAUGGCACCCUUUGCUCAAACUCAAUAAAAAACACUUCCAUGAACACCAAAUAUCAGCAUAUAAAACGAAGAAAAGCAGGACAGAAGCAGGAUUAUCAUACAUACAUAUUUCGAGAGAGCACAUAACAGUAAUACUUGCACAUACAGCAUUAUUUGUAUUUGAAAGCAUAAAAUAAAAC